AUGGUAAAAUCGUCCUUCACGGGCUCUCCGGCCAUUGCUCCGAUGUGUUCUCCGGUAAAGAGCAAGCCCAUGGCACCGGCAGCGGCGCCGCCUUCGCAGGGCAAGGUGACCUGCGACAAGUGCGAUGGACCACAUGCCACGGAGAAUUGCCCGCAUUUCAAAAAGCCCCGCGAGAAGCAUCCGGAUGCCUGGUGCUUAAAGGGCAAGGCAAAGCUCGUCGGCGCAGCCGAGUCGGAGGCAAAGUUCGUUAGCCGCGCCCGCGUUGUUCGCCAGCCGGGGGAUGGCUCAUGCAUGUUCCACUCGGUGUCGUAUGGACUUGGCGACGGAAGCACAGCCGGGUCACUGCGUAAGAGCGUGGCGGACACCAUCGCCGCAUACCCCAACAUGCAAAUCCUGGAGACACCCGUAGCAGAGUGGAUCCGGAUGGAUGCCAACGUCGAUGUCAGCUCGUAUGUCCAAAGCCUCCGGGGCGGCGCCUGGGGCGGCGGAAUCGAGCUGGCCGUUCUUGCACAGAUGAAAAACAUCAGCAUUGAAGUCUAUGAAUCUCGCCGCAGAGGGUACGCCCGCAUUGCUCGAUUCGGCUCAGGUGGUCGUAACGUGCCGAUCCUGUACCAGGGUCGCUUGCACUAUGACGCGCUUGUGCUGAACUGA